UUUCUUUGCUUUACGGCAGGAGCAGAGAAGAGGACAGGGAAAGGGCGCGGGAGCGAGCCGGCGUGGUCUCCCCUCGGCGGGGGCGAGCGGCGCCAUGGCAAGUACUAUGAUAGCCGUCGGUCUGACAAUAGCUGCUGCUGGAUACGCAGGUCGUUAUGCCUUGCAAGCAAUGAAGCAAAUGGAGCCACAAGUGAAGCAAGCUCUCCAGUCUUUGCCAAAAUCUGCAUUCAGCGGCUAUUACAGAGGAGGAUUCGAAACCAAAAUGACCAAGCGGGAAGCUGCUUUAAUAUUAGGAGUAAGUCCUACAGCUAAUAAAGGAAAAAUCAGAGAAGCUCACAGACGAAUCAUGCUUUUGAAUCACCCUGAUAAAGGUGGAUCUCCUUAUGUUGCAGCCAAAAUCAACGAAGCUAAAGACUUGCUUGAAGGUCAAGCUAAGAAAUGAACACUUUACCUAUAAAGUUGACUGGCUUGACAAAUGAUGGUAUGGACUGUGCCAUGAGGAACUACUUAAUUUUUACAUCAUCUUCAAACUAAAUCUGUACUUUUGCUAGGGAGAUCUACAAACGAAGAUGGGGAACACACUUGAAUUUGACUUACGUCCAGACAUACAAUGCACACUUUCUGAAACAUUGGGCCUACUUAAGGUUUAUCAGAUGCUGGUAUCUGAAGCUCACGCUGCUGUGGUUUUGAGAUGUCAGUGUUAAAAAAAAAUGUUGCUCUACGACUCAGUCGAAAUAACUUGAGACUUACCAUGAGAUGAUCCUUCAGGAAUAAAGUGUUUAAAAUGCUUUGUUUUCUUAUACUGAUAAAGUAUUUAUACUGAAGUUGUCUUGUAAUGGAAUAUGCAGCAUAUUCCUAACAUGAUGUUUUCUUUCAGGUAAUUGUCAUGGUUUCCAAAUGAUUUUAAAGGGCAGUAAAAUUGUUACAGGA